AUGUACGCUUCUCUGGUGGUUGGUCUUUUUCUGUCUACCGUUGUUGGUGCUCAUCCAACGGCACAUGACAACAGCUUAGUUGCACGUGCCAUCGACCUCAACGCCUUCCGGUUGAAGCCCACGUCCAAGUACGUGAACGCCUCGGUCGCCGAAUCUCCCAGCGUCCGUCUCCGAAGGCGAGAAGACUAUGUUGAAACAGCUACCGAGCUGGUGAAGUCCAUUGCAAAUGGGGCCACCUUCCGAGUUGUUGGGGAUCACUAUGUUGGUGCGAAUGGGAUUGCCCAUGUCAACUUCAAGCAGACCGCCCACGACCUUGACAUUGACAAUGCCGACUUCAAUGUUAAUGUUGGCAAAGAUGGAUCUAUCUUCUCAUACGGAAACUCGUUCUUCACUGGAAAGAUUCCUGAUAGCCCACUCACCAAACGUGAAUUUUCUGACCCAGUAGACGCACUGAAGGCGGCUACAAACAUACUCCAGCUUCCUGUCAAGGCAGAUCAAGCUUCCGCUGAGACUGCAGAAGGCAAAGAGACUUUCACCCUCAAGGGCACCUCGGGCGCAGUUAAAGACCCCGAGGCCAAGCUUAUGUACCUUGUCAAAGCCGAUGGAUCUUUAGCCCUCACCUGGCGGGUCGAGACCGAUAUCAUGAGCAAUUGGCUGCUGACCUACGUUGACGCUGCUUCAAAUACCGAGGUUCAUGGCGUUAUCGACUACUCUGCAGAUGCUGUCUACCAGGUCUAUCCUUGGGGACUUAACGACCCAACAGAAGGAUCUCGCGUUUUGAUCAGCGAUCCAUGGGACACUAAAGCUUCUGAGUUCACCUGGCAAGGCACUGGGACCACCACGUACAAGGUUACCCGUGGAAAUAACGCAAUUGCUCAGAACAACCCCAGUGGAGGAAACAACUACCUCAACAACCUUCGCCCAUCAAGCCCCACAUCCAACUUCAGCUACCCUUACACUUCCUCGAUGACCCCACCUUCGACCUACGUCAACGCAUCUAUUACGCAACUGUUCUACACAGUCAACACCUACCACGACCUGCUGUAUACUCUUGGUUUCACUGAGCAAGCUGGAAACUUUGAGGUUAACAACAACGGCCAAGGAGGAGCUGGUAACGAUUUUGCGAUCUUGAAUGCCCAGGAUGGCUCUGGUACGAACAACGCCAACUUUGCGACCCCUCCGGAUGGCCAGCCCGGCCGCAUGAGAAUGUAUCUCUGGACGAGCUCUACACCACAGCGUGAUUGCACCUUUGAGGCUGGUGUCGUCAUUCACGAGUAUACACACGGGCUUUCCACUCGCCUCACUGGCGGCCCUGCCAACUCUAACUGUCUCAACGCCCUCGAAGCUGGCGGUAUGGGAGAGGGCUGGGGAGAUUUCAUGGCCACCGCGAUCCGUUUGAAGCCUGCCGAUACCCGCGCCAAGAACUAUCCCAUGGGCGCGUGGGUUUACAACGACCCUGUUGGAAUCCGCUCGUACCUCUACUCCACCUCUUUGACGACGAAUCCUCUCACGUACACUUCGUUGAACGAGCUAAAUGAAGUGCAUGCCAUCGGUGAAGCCUGGGCCAACGUGCUCUACGAGGUAAUGUGGAACUUGAUCGACAAGCACGGCAAGAACGACGCAGCCAAGCCCACCUUCGAUGCUGACGGUGUGCCCACCGACGGCAAAUACCUGACCAUGAAACUUGUCAUCGAUGCCAUGGCUCUGCAACCAUGCAACCCUACCUUUGUCCAAGCACGUGACGCCAUCCUGGACGCUGAUACCGCGCUUACCGGUGGUGCCAACAAGUGUGACAUCUGGAAGGCUUUUGCAAAGAGAGGCCUUGGAACAGGCGCCAAGUACAGUUCGGCCGCCCGAACGGGUAGCACGGCGUUGCCCAGUGGUUGUUAG